AUGGCCAAGCAUCAUCCUGAUUUGAUUAUGUGCAGGAAGCAGCCAGGAAUUGCUAUUGGACGCCUUUGUGAGAAGUGUGAUGGAAAAUGUGUAAUCUGCGACUCCUAUGUGCGUCCUUGCACACUUGUGCGAGUUUGUGAUGAGUGCAACUACGGAUCCUUCCAAGGUCGAUGUGUUAUUUGCGGAGGAGUGGGAAUCUCUGAUGCCUACUACUGCAAAGAGUGCACUCAGCAGGAGAAGGAUAGGGAUGGGUGUCCAAAAAUUGUUAAUUUAGGGAGUGCCAAAACAGAUCUGUUCUAUGAACGUAAGAAAUAUGGUUUUAAGAAAAGAUGAUGAGCAGUGGAUGACAUCUGUAGUGCCUUUUUUCCUCUCUGGUGCCCGCAAUCUAAAAUGUUGAAACAGUUUUUUAGGUCUUGAGAUUGUAUCUGCUGAUAUUACCUCUAGUUGUGUUGAAAACAAUAUUGAUUACUGAAGUGAAGUUGUUUCUUAAUGCAAUGGACUUGGAUUGUAUUGGAGCAA